CCUUUUAGUUUCUUUUCUUUUCUUUGGUGUUUUUUUUUGAUUAUACCCCAGGUUAAGUUACAGUACAUAUGUCUUUGGGAUUGCAUAUAGUUGAUCCUCGUAUUCUGAGUGAUCAAGUUGAUCUACCUUCUGUUAUGGUGACUUCACUUAGCGCACCUCCUCGCUGCCUUUCUUCUCGACCUUCUACAAUGUCAUCAAACUCAACGUCAUCAUCAUCAGCCGAUAACUUGUAUUCUAAUCUCGCUACUUUCAGUUUUGGUGAACCAAGAACUUCAGCUUCUUCAUCUUCCUACGAUUCAGAUGACGAAGCACUACCAAUCAGCCCACUUACUCCCGUUAACAAGAACUGGGUCCUGGGACGCCCAGCUUCAAACCCCUUUCCCUCAUCUUCACGUACUUCCACCUCAAUCAGAUCACGUGGAACAGAGCAUACAGAUGAAGAAAGCAGCGAAGUUCCCUCAUCACCCGAUCUCAUUCCCGAGGCACAACGUGAGUCAGCACACAUUCGGUCAUACCGCAGUCCGAUACUCUACCGCGUCAAUUACCUCCUCUCGUUCAGCUCACGUGCUAGUUUCCGCUCAGAACUAAGCAGUGAUGAGGAGGUAGAGAUCGCUUCUUAUGACGGUGGUUCGUCACCAGUCACUUUUGCCCGUGACCUCGACAAUAUCGACGAAAACAGUCCUGUUUUCCACCGUUCAUUCUUUGAGCCUCGUCGUGGCAGCCUUCCAAUGGCAAUCCCAGGUGCCACUUCAGAUGCAGUCAGUAAUCGCAGCCGCGAAGACAGCAUCCACACAAUACGUCGUCCAUCUCGCAGCCUCGAUGACGAUCUCAAUUUUUCCCACAGUGAAGAUGAUCCCGCUGCAGUCGUACCCCGCAGUGACCCCCUCACUCGCGCUGACUUUCGUUCUCUUGUCGAGGCACAGACAGUGCAACCGCAGCAAGAACCAGAUACAUUCGCUGGCAUUGACCUCUCCUAUGUCUUUUCCGGAAAGAGCGAGGGCAGCAUCCGCUCAUUCCGAUCAUCCGCCCAGCUCUCAUUCCUCGCUGCCCGCACAAGCAGCACAGGCGAGCCUUCUUCAUUCCGCCCACCCAGUAGUUGGUUGAGUGGCCCACGCCGUCCCAGUGCCGGUACCCUGCCCAGCAACAGCGGUGAAGAUACCUUUCUCAACCUCAUCGUCCAGUACGAAACUACCAACCAUUGGAUCUUUUCGAAGGAAAAGGCAGAUGCCCAACCUGUAUCUACUACGUCAUCAGUGCGGUACAGUCGUCCGUCCAUCAACACAGCCAUCCCGAUCAACAUGGAAAAGGCAAAACGUACCAUGUUCCCUGGUGCUCAGGAGAUCUGGCGAAGCGACCACGUCGGUCGUUAUAGAGUCGAUAGACUCGUGUUCAAACCAUCCACUGCAGACCCUGCCAAAGCUCCCCAACAACGCAUCAACGUCCGACACAUACCCGAUCCGUUCCUCAAGGGCCCCAAGACAGGCGGGCCAAGUAGCGUCAUUCACAAACACUCACGUGCCACUGCAUUCUCGAUAUUUCGAUCCUAUUCGCUUUUUCAACCUAAGCGUGGUGGGACGUCGGGACAGUCUGGAUCACGCAAUAUACAUAUGCAUACGAGUGGAGGUAUCAUGCUCGCGCCGAAGAAGGUGCAAGAGCAAUAUACGAGUACGAGGACAACCAGCAAGCUUAGUACGCAUGGUUUACUUGAGGAAGGAUCGAGGAAAGCUGGUGGAAACGGGGACAAGUCUCGACGGGCAUUGCUUGAGAAAGAGAAGCGGCGGGAGAAAGAGAAGGAAGAGGCAAAGAAAGCCAAGGCAAAGGCAAAGGAGAAGAAAAAGGAGAAGAAGAAUGAGCGGGGGAGUAAUCCGGCAGAGAGCACGGAGUCGAGUACGACGACGAGCAGUGCUGGGAGCGUCAAUCCGGCUCAUCUCAUAUCUGCACCCGCACGAGCAACGACAUCCAAGAUCACAUUCGCUCCUUCGACUAUGUCAAAGUCGCAAGGAAAGCUCCUCCAGUCAACGAGCGAACCAUCAUCGCCGGAAGCGUCAGAUCUGCCAUCAAAGAGACCCCUUGAGUCCGAUUCCUCUACAUCCGUCGCCAGCAACCGGAUCCAUCGCGAUUCAAUAGACUCCGACGAACACCUCCCAACUCGCACCCCACACGCAGAAGCUUUUGGAACGCUCGAUCCAAACGAUAUCGAGCACCUGCGCAGAGCGCAAAAACCUUCCGACGGCAGCAGUUCACUCGCAAACCGCAUAUUGAGACGACUGCGCGGGGCAUCCUCCCGUCCAGACAGCACCGCCCUCCCAGCCGUAACUCCCCAGAACGCCUACAGCCCCCCUUGGAUAGUCACUGCCGGACGCGAUCAGAACGAAGAACACGUCCGCGUUCUCACUGAUCUCAACAACUCCUUCCGCGAUGUGGGGCUUCUGCAUACGCAACCACAUAAACCCGGUUCGAAGAGCAGCGCGAAGAAGAGAGCGACGACGCAUGAUAUAUUCAAUUACGUCCCUGAAGAUUCUCUUUACAUGCUCCUUCCUCUCUGGGCAGGCGAGACCGAUCCAUCUAUGAACCCACCCGCAAGUAGCGGCGACGCGGCUACCACCCUCCCUACGAUACCCGAAGCCCGCCAGUACCUCCUGGUGUGGUAUGUCCCAUUCGAAGACAAGGGGAGGCCAGAUCAUUCAGCCAAGAAAAAACCGAAGCAAGCGUCCCCCCCACCCGAAGCCACCGCCGAAACCAACCAGAAAAGCGUCUACCUAAGCAAUUUCAGGGUGAACGCUCGCUUGGUUGCGUAUGACAAUCUUCGAGGAACAGGGAUCCGAGUGCCUAGCGAUGGAUUAGCAAUAACAGCACCUGCAUGGGAAGCCAAUAACCUCCCCAUCAUCGAUACCCAAUCCGAAUCCGAAUCCGAAUCCCAAAUCGAGGAAGAAGACGUCCAGCCAAAGCAAACGGUGAUAUGCGUGUGCGACAACCGAGAACACGGAUUCCGUUUUCUACCCGAUGGACUGACGGAACUUGGGCUUUGUUUGAAAGAAGAGGUCCCGUUACCUGCUGCUGAUAAUCCGAGAGCUAUUUACCUCGGGCAUGAAGUUUCGGACGUGAGGCAGCAUCUGACGCCUGUUGGGAGAGCUGCUGUUGAGAUGGUUUGGUUGGGGUGUUUGGCUGUCACUAGUUUUGGGCCGUACGUAUGAGGUGUCAUUUUUGUAUUUUUCUUUGCUUUUAGGGGCCGGAGUCGGAGUCGAAGUCGAAGUGGUCCUCGUCGUUAUUUAUGUUCCAUCUCUCUCUUUUUCACUGUCUCCAUAUACAACCCCCGCAUGAUAUAUAUCGAUUUUAGAACUUGCUGUAUACUUACUACAUAGUCCUCGACGUCAGUUCCUUUCUUGCGUGCAUACGAUUUUACAUUACAUAUAUCUUUUUCUUUUCGUGUUUUUUACUUACUAGUGCGCUUUCGAGGUUUUUUAAUUAGUUUGUAUACUUAUUACUUGGUUUGCCUUGUUUUUACUGUAUGCAUUAUGUGGAGUGGAAUGUAUAAGG